CUCGAACUUGAACUCGAACUCGAACGGUAGAGGGCGAGGCCGCUUCCGGUCCUCCAAAUUGCUCUCCGGUCGUCGACCCGAGGCUCAUUAUUGGCCCUUCGUCGAUGCACAAUCUGUCGUCGAUGCACAAUCUGUCGCAGUCUUUGUUUUGCUUUGACAUUUGUCGAGAGGGAUUGAUUGAUUGAUUGAUCGAUCGAGUGAGGCUGAAGCGUUCGGUCCGAGGGAGCUUUACCGACUUACGUUUUGCAAGUUGGUAAUGUUCGUAAUUUCGCAAAGAAUUUCCCAAAAGAUUGGUGUCGACUUUCCGUAGGUCUUUCUCGAUUCAGUGAACUUGCUGUUCUCAUAUGUGUGUACCAUCGAAGCCACAAGGAAAUUCUUGACGGGAGGUGGUGGCAGAGAGGUUUUUAAGUUGUAAAAGGCGAGUUUUUUACUGGGUACCAGGUUUUGGCGGAAUCCGUGGUGGAGUUGGAGUCUUUGUGCUUAGAAUUUGCCGGCUUUGGAGUUCGUAGGGUGAUAACACGGUUUUCAGUGUGAUUGAGAUCUGUCAUUUUGGGUGGUGGCCCUAGAAAUUUGAAGAGACGAGCGCAGAUGUUUUCGAAUAUGUCUUCCGCAAAGUAUGAGGAUCUUGAGAUGGGGAAGGGGGCGCUGUAUCCCGGCCAUUCAUCCGAAGACAUAAUGCUGAGAUGGGGAUUUUUGAGAAAAGUCUACGGAAUCUUGAGCAUGCAGAUGAUAUUGACCACGAUUGUCGCCUCAGUGGUCGUGUUCACUGAAUCUGUGAAGGACUUCUUUAUAAGGAGCCCCUUUCUACUCAUUUUCCUUGCAUUCGUGCCUCUCAUCUUGAUGAUUCCAUUGUACUACUACCACAAAAGUCAUCCUACGAAUUUGGCGCUAUUGGGUCUGUUCACUGUAGCAGUGAGUCUUACGGUCGGCAUCUCAUGCGCCUUCACUCCUGGAAUUAUCGUGUUGGAAGCCUUGUUAUUGACGGCAACUGUAGUUUUGGCUCUCACUGCAUACACAUACUAUGCAGUGAAGCAGGGAAAAGAUUUCGAAUUUCUGGGCCCAGCCUUAUUCGUUUCCGUGAUUGUUCUUGUGGUCUUUGGUUUCAUUCAGAUGUUUUUCCCUCUGGGAAAUAUCGGUUCAGCUAUUUAUGGAGGAGUUGGAUCUCUUAUUUUCAGCCUUUACAUCGUCUACGAUACCGACAACUUGAUCAAGAGAUAUGACGUUGAUGAAUACAUUUGGGCUUCUGUGUCCUUGUACUUGGAUAUCAUCAACUUGUUCCUUUCCCUUCUGCAGGUGCUAAGGAGCAUCCAAGGAGGAAAUAAUUAGACCGUCUGUUCUGUCGAAAAUGAUGCAUGCAAGAUCGUGUAGAACCUGUAAAAAUUGAUUCUUUUUCCGCUCCUGUGACCGUCAUCAGUUACGCAUCAAACAUUGAGGUGGAUAAUAGGAAGGUUGGAACCUACUGGCGGAACCCUAGUUCAGAGGGCAAAUGCUGUUAGUCAAGACAUGGAUGACACUUUCGUCUCACCUAAUUAUUUUCUUCCUAUUUCCUGGUCAUACGAAGAACCUGCGAUGUACCUGAUCAGGAGUUUUGUUCUAUAUCAGUCGGCGUGACGGUCAUAAAGUCUCGGUUUAAGUAGUAGAUGUAUGAAGAGCGAAACCGCCCCUUGGGAUUCUGUAGACGGUCUUCUGUUCGAAUUUAUCUGACUAUUUUAGCCUAUGAGGUCCAGUUUACGGCUUUCCAUAUGAGAUAGCCGACAUUAUACAGCUUCACAAGGAUCACAAAGCGAUGUUCUAAUCACUUCAUUUCCGUAUAGGUGUAUCAUAGAUUUAGGAUCUUCCAUGUAUCUAGAUAGGUGUAAUUUAUUGUACCCAGUUGCAAUUGAUUUGGUCUGAUGUUGAGCAUUCU